AUGGAUGUGACUAUUCUACCAGAAGAUGAAAACAAUCCAAAUGCUGAAGAAACUUCUUCUAUGACAGCUAAUGUUGGUAGCGGUAAUGAAAUUAAUAAUCGUUCAUAUUCAUCACCAUCAGCAUAUAAUGAUGAACUAGGUGGUCGAAUUAAUCGAACAACAUCUAGUGACAAUUCAAAUUUUCAAAUUGAUUCAUCAAUGUCUGCUUAUGAUCCGAAUACACUAGUCGGUCGUCAAUUACAUGAUCUAACAUAUACUAUUAAACAAUUAAUUACCAGUGUUAGCAGUUUGAACCAGAACAUUAAUCAAUUACAUGGUGAUAUGGUGAAAAUAGCAAGUGGUAUGGGUGAUUUACGUAAUGAUGUACGAUGUUUAAAGGACGAUUUUAACAAUCGAAAUGUUACUAAUGGUGGUGCUGGUGGUGAUUCUUAA